UGCUUUAGCCGAGAUUUCAAAAGAUUUUGUAAUCAUAGUAAGUUGUUUUCGUUGGGUAGAAAUCCCUAACUAGUAAUCUUUUGUACGUACGCCAAAACGACAAAUAAAUAUUCAGUGGAAACUAGUUUCCUCUUCAGUCCACUGUAUUCGAGAAUAAUUCGGGUAUUCGUAGUAGCUUCGGAGUAGGUUCGGUGCAUGCUCAACUUUAGGAAAAGGACGGAAGGAACGUAACCGAAUAAGAAAGUACAAAUCUUUCACAAUGGGUGAAAUAGUAGAAGAUGUUGGGAGCAAAAAAAUCGAUAGAAACUUCAAGCUUACCGUAUACAGUAAACUGAACGAGCUACGACAGGAAGACAUUUUCUGCGACGUGUCCUUGUCGGUCGAGGAUCAAAUAUUUCCCGCUAACAAAAUUGUAUUAGCUGCAGCCAGUCCCUAUUUCUUUGGCCUCUUCACGAAUGAUUUGCUUGAAAAGACGUCAAAUGUUAUCAAGAUAGAAGCUCUUAGUGCUAGCAUGAUCCAACAGGUAUUACACUACAUGUAUACCGGCGAGGUAAUCAUCGAGUUUUCCAACGCUAAAGAGAUCAUUAUGGCAGCAGAUUAUUUGAUGAUGCAGAGUUUGAAAAGUUUGGCUAGCUCUGUUCUCCUAGAAAACCUGUCAUCUCACAACUGUAUUGAUCUCUUUGGGUUUGGGGUCAAAUAUUCAUGCAUGGAUCUCGUAACGCGGGCCUCUGACUGCAUGCUUGAGAAGUUUGAGAAUGCUUCGUUGUCUGAAUACUUUAAAGAACUGGAUUUUACAGGUCUGGAGAGUUUGAUCAGUGAAGAUGAUCUCGAAGUUGAGAGAGAAGAACACGUUUUGAAUAGAGUGCUAGAUUGGGUAAAAUAUGAUAUAUCAGGGCGUGAGGAGUACCUACCUCAACUUCUAAGAUCUAUAAGAUUGUUCUCGAUGUCAAAGGAAUCAUUGACAGAAUAUUUGGAAGAAGAAGAUUUGAUUAAGGAAAAUGCUCUGUGCACUAAUAUCUUGAAGAAGAGUUUAGAUAUGCAUCUUUUUCCAGAUUUGGCUCUAAAUUCAUACCAACAUCCAAGGAAUUGUGUUAAGAAGAAUAUUAUAAAGGUUGCGAUAGUUGUCGGUGGGCACAUUGCRAGAAUGAAGUCAAUUCCACGCCUGGUUGCUUAUGCAUUACCCAAUGGUGAUUGGUAUGAAAUAGAUGCAGAAAUGCAAGAGGGAAGGUCGCGCCAUUGUGCUGCUGUUUGCAGAGGCUCGAUAUUUAUCUUAGGGGGAAUAUCAUCCAUUGGCAUGGAAAUGAUUGACAUACAAGACAAAACAUGGAACUCAUCAAUCAUUAAAACCCAAGUAUUUUCCUCAACAAAGCAUUCAGCUAUCGUAUCAUUUCAAGAAAAGCUUUUGCUUUUUGGUGGACAGAAAUUAGAAUCUAACGUUAGAGAUGAAUUUCUAGUUCUUAAUGAUGUUGGGCUAUAUGAGCCUCAAGAACACAAAUGGAAGAAGUUGACACCCAUGAGUUGUCCACGCACAGCCCACUGUGCUGUUUUAGUUGAUUCAUUCGUGUACGUCGUUGGUGGAUGUUCAGCAGAUGAAGUGUAUCAAUCUGGAGAAAAGUAUGAUAUAGAGAAUGACCAAUGGGUACCAAUUGCUGCUAUGAAUGAGAGAAGGUGUUAUGCCGCUGGAGCAAAUCUUAGAGGGAAAGUCUUUAUUGCUGGAGGGUAUCAUGCAGAUGAAUGGGUGGCGUACAACAGUUGCGAACUCUACGACCCUGAAACUGAUCACUGGGAUAUUAUAACAAGCAUGCCAAUACCAAGAGCAGCUUGUGGUGUCGCUCAGGUGGAUGAUGACAUAUUCCUAUUUGGCGGCGAAUGUGAUGGUACACCUAAUGGCAAGCUUGACAGUGUUGUACUUUACAAUAAGAUAGAAGACAGUUGGAAGGAGGUAACAAAGAUGCCAGUAUCAAGAUCAUGUCUCCAAGUCUGUCUUCUCAAUCUACCUAAAACUGCUCUUGUUCCCCUGCAAUAAAAUUGUUCUGUAGCAUUGCAAAGGUCAAAGACCCAAAUAUGUUAAAGUCAUCGGUGGUGGAGCUGUUUUAAAAGUAUAGUAGGUUGGAUGAGGUUUGACAAAUACCCAAAACGUGGAGCCCUGGAUUCAGAGAUCUUUCAUAAGUCGAACUGCUGAAAAGUAAGGGGAGUUAUUGAUUUAAAACAUUAGAUUUUAUUGUGUUAGGGGUAAAUUUUUACAAGAGUGAUGGCCUUGAAAUGGAAUAUCGCAGAAUGUUUUUCUGAGAAAAAUAUCCUUGAAGAAACACGAAAUUCUUAAAUUAUCAAAAUAGUUUUGUUGUCAAGUUGUUUAAUUGUUUCAUCAGUGAAUCAAUCUCUGGUUGGUAUAGUAAUGACAAUAGCUUACGUCACAGCAACUAGCACUACAGUAUAUGACCAUCACAAACAUUUUAUGUUCAUUUUUUUAUUUCUUUAACAAUUAAAUUUUUCUAUUUUUCCAUUUCUCCCUUCCUUCCUUUUUUUCUUUUCCCUUUUUCCCAUUUUUUAAAGUAAACUACCCUUUAAUAGCAUUUUUUGAUUGAUGCUUAAUAAUAGUUAUAUAACAUUAUUACUAACAGUGCUUUCCAAUCACACGCAAAGUUGCACUAUUCUCACUGAAUAAAUUAUCACCAAGCAGUAUAAAUCAAGUCAACACAAAUGGCUCAUAGCAUAACAUCAUUUGGAGCUUCGGAAAAGAGUUUUGCCCCACCCACCCACCCCUAAGUCUGGUGGCGGUGGUGUUCUYGUUUUCCCUAUUCUCGUUGUUUGCCCCAUCUUCGUCGUGGAUCUCGCCCCAUAACUUAAUCAUACUGCGACGUGAUAAUGGCUUCAGUGAGAAUAUAUUACAAUUUUCUGUCUCAACAAAAUAAGAUUUUCGUGGACGUCAUUCAAAGUGUUUCCAUGACAAUAUUGAAAAAAACAAAGUUUUCAAGAGCAUGUGCCUAUGGAAUGUCCUGAAAAUGCCUUGAUUGACGUCCACCAAAACUGAAAUUGGGAAGCCCUGUAAAGCCUUUUUCAUUGUAGAGUUAAUUAGACAAAGCAUGUUCUAUUUCACCCAGAGCAAAGAUGWUCCAGACUCAUUCUCAGCUCAAGGGAGAACGAGCCAAGCUGCUUUAGCAUGUAGGAGAAAAGACAAAAUGCAACAGCCUUAUAAACUGAAUUGAAAUAUUGACACCCAUUUGGAUAAUUAUUGUUCUGCACAGACUGGCCUCUCAUGCAUGUGAAAAUACUUUUGUUUCCACAUCACUAGUCAGUCGCUAGUCAGGCCAGAACAAUAGUCAUUCAAAUUGGUUGCCAUAUUUCGAUUUGGCAUAUAAGGCAUUCAUUUUUUGUAACACUGAUCAAGAAAAAGAUAAUAUAAGAUCUUAGUAGAUGCUUCCAUUUUCUAGAUAUUUCUUAAUUUUUUUAAAAUAAAAAGAGUUCAAUUAGACUAGAUUAUUAACUAGAAUAUUCUUAACUUUUUAUAAUAAAAAGAAUUUAAUUUUCUA